ACACACACACACACACACACACACAUACACACACAUGCAGACUGCUGACAGGUGGGAGAUGCUCUGUUCUCGGGUGCUUAGUUGAAAUUGAGCAGCUGAUGUCCUUGUCUCUAAGGACAGGCCAAUCAGUCCAAUCAUAGAGUUAAAAAUAUGCACCUGAUUAUCUGAGGGGACGGAGUGUUAGCUCUGAUUAAUAGAGCUGUGUUCGGGCUUGCACAGUGUCUAAGGGUGCAUGAAAGUGUCUGCAUGCUAAUUUCAAGCUGCUUGAUCUGGCACACGUGAAAGCCGCACAGCAGCAUCACCAGCGUUCACACUUCUUAUAACGGAGCGCACGUGUUUCUGAAUAUAGCUCGAGUCUUGAGCUUUCGUUCUUCUCAGGCGCUGCAAACAUAUACUCUAGAUGACUUUGGGGAUGUAAUUUAGUUUGUUUCUCAGGAUGUGAUAGGCGGAAACACAAAUGAGUCACAGAAGGACUUGAGUUACAGAAUAGCUGAAUGUCAGAUAGAAUAUUUCUCCAUAUUCUCUAAAAAUAAACCGAAACAUCAGUUAAAUAUCAGUUGCUCCACAAAAUGUUCUUGUGAAGCCUUCAUUAUAUUUGCCCUUCACAACUAAUUAUUAACAUUGCUGCUCCUGUUGUGGCCACUUAUUUAUAAUUAUACCACAGAGCUGUUGAUAAUGCAUUCGGGCCUCGAAUAUAUUAUAUUACUGAAUUCUUUCUGAUAUGUUAUCGUUCCUGUAGCAGCAACUUAUAAAUGGACUUGUAUGAUGGACACACAACUUAUUUUAAAAAUGGUGUGAGGAGAAAUUUAUUUAACGUUUCUGGAAGGAGACUCUAGAAGUCAGAAAUCUUUCUGACUGAAUAAAUAAAUCUCAACAUUUAUUUCUGUUGAUAAAUUGCUGUGGUAUAAGAGGAAUAAAACCAAAACACAAAAGCACACUGACCCACACAGAGUUUUUAUUAUAGGACUGUGGUGGUGUUCGAGCUUUCACAGUAUAUUUAUUGUGUGUCCUUUACAAAAUAGGCUAUUUAAUCCAAGCUGCUUUCCAAAGACCUGCCAUGUCACUUUAACCGUGUAUGCAUGUGAGUUUGUGAGAGAGAGAGAGAGAGAGAGAGAGAGAGAAUAAGGACACAGGGGAUGUCCUGGGAUCUUAAGGCCCCUGCAGUGUGUGCGGCUUACUGGACUUGAUAUAUUAGAUCAUAUUCCCUGUAGACCUUUGUAACACAGACACCAGAGUAAAGAAUUGCUGCACAUUGAGCCAGUUGAACAUAAAGUGCCAGUCGUGGCUUAACUUCUUUAGGUGCAGGAAGAACAGUAUACUUUGCCAAUAUAUUGUAUAAUAAAACAGCAAAGGGACUGGCUCAAGUGGGCUUGAUGAUUUAGGAGUCUUUAAAUAGAAAGAAAAUGCAUGCAUUAGGGUUGUUUCUGUAAUUAAGAAUAGGAUGAAUAAACCAAGACAUUGUUGUUUUGUUUCCAUUCAAAUCAAGUGUCUUUGUUUUUACCAAGACUUGCAUAUACAUUUUAGGUGGAUUGAUAAGCAUGCUCUAAUAAUCUAUGGCAGACGUAUUUAAACUUUUUCCCUAUGCCCCUCUAUGCAAAAUGCAGAAAGGUUAUUUAUAUUUGGUAUUUUACCAUUCAACCCCACACCCCAGUUCCACCCCCACAGUUUUAAUACCUCUGACCCUAGUUGCAGAAAUGGCAAAUAAAUCAAAAUACAAACAUGGCACCUAUUGAGUUUGGGAUAUGUCCAAGAGCAAGGCUGUCAGGAGUCAUACAGAAAAUGAACGAAGUUUCUAUUUAAGUUUAAGAUUUUCUCCAGCAAUAGAUAUGAUGAGUGGAGAUUCUCCUUCCGUUUGCUUCCAAAUCCAUCUUUUAUAUCUGCCCUGCAGAGUAAUGCCUUAUCUGUUUCUGUGUCUUUAUAAUGAAUCGUCCACAACCAAUAAUCUAAUACUCUUAAAUGGGAGACAUUUAUGAAUCUUGAUGGCUUUAUUUAUAAGUUUUGAUAUUUCAUCCCCAACCCCCAGAUUUACCAUGGCCUUUCACUGUCUGUAGGCAUACAAUGUCUAACAGCAAUCCUUGAGCGUUUCUCAUCACCGUAAUCAGCCGCUGAGAUUUGCACUGCCAUGUGCCGUGGAUAACGUUGUAAAAAUAGCCCAUCCUGCAUUUGGGAUGAUCCGGUCUCUAAUGCCCCGUCUUUGUUAACACUGCUGACAUCUCAGCCAUUCAGUGGCAAGCAGGGGUCAGCUGAACCCUGGUAUAAGGGGUGUGUGGGUGGAUCUGAAUACGUAUAACCAUGCUAAGUUCUGUUCAAGUUCACCGCAGCCAGUUUUACACCAGACCAGAAGCUCAGGGUCGAGAAGGAGCAACCACAGAGUGGUAAUGGAGGAGCAGGGAGUGGGGAAGAAGGAGGAACUAGACUGGGUUUUGUUGGGAGAUGUGGAGAUAGACAUGGUUCUACAAAGAGGAAUGGAUGAGGAUGAGGUUCUGGAGGGUACUAUAGAUGUUGGCAAGGGUCAGAGCCAUAUACUGGAGGAGCGUGUUUACAUGGGCAGAGAUCAAACUCUUGAAGGUGUGGGAGUGGGUCAAUUUCAACAUGAGAUUCUGGAGUCAAGUAAUGAUGUGGUCAAGGCUCAAAAUGACGUUCUGGAUGGCGGUAUGGAUGUCAUCAAGGUCCAAGCUGUGGUUCUGGAGGAUGGUUCUGACAAAGACAAGUUUCAAGGCAAGAUUCUGGAGGAUAGUGUGGAUAGAGACAAGGUUCGAGACAAGGUUCUGGAUGGUGGAAUGGAGGUGAACAAGAUUGAAGACAAAGGUGGUGUUGAAGUGGACAAGUUUUUGGAGGGAGGUUUGGACAUGGACCAAGUUCGAGUUUUAGAGGGUAGCAUGGAUGCAGACAAGAUUCAAGACGAAAUUCUAAAAGGUGGUGUGGAGAUGGACAAGUUUCAACACAAGGUUCUGAAGCAUGAUGUGGAUCACUCACCUGAAGACAAUUUUGUAAAGGGCAAUGUCGAUGUGACUGAGAUUUAUGACACGGUUGUAGAGGACAGUGUGGAAAGGGUUAUAGAUGAAGUUCCGGAAAAGGCUGUAGCCAUAGAUAAGGUACGAAACAAGAUGGAGGAUAAUGUCGACAUGGGCAAGACUCUAGAUGAGGCUCUGAAGGGCAGUGUGAACAUAAAUGAGAAUGGUUGGGAAUUGAAGGAAGCUCAUGGAACGGUCCUUGAGGACAAUGUGAAUAUGGAGGUUUUGAAUGCCAGGCAGCGGAUGGACAGCCUGAGAUGCCACGUGAGGAUCACCACACGUCACAAUCUGCAGCUGCGCAUGGCCAAUCACACGGCUCGGGAUGUGUAUGUGAGGCUGCUCGGCCAUGGGGAACGAAUCACAGGAAGUGGUAAGGAAGCAUAUGAUGAUUAUGAGGAGGAUAAUCUCUUACUGGAUACUAGUCUCAUCAUUGUUGAUUUGUAUUAGCUUUCAAAUAAACUCCUAUUCAGAUAUUGUUUGUUCCCUUUGUCAGGGUGAACUUGGCACCGUUGUAAAGUUAGGUCAUAAAAGAGUAAGUAGUAACAAAAAUGUUUGGUCUCUGAAAGGUCAGAGCAGGUUGGAGGUUUGGUUGGGUGAAUUUGAGAAGUACAAGACCUUUUGUGGUUUCCCUGGUGCUAAGCACAGGUUUUGUCAUAAUCUCGGUCUUCAGACUUCUUAAAUAAUAGCAAGCAAGUGGGCAAAGAAAUGACGCCAAUGUCAACCUUUGAAAUUCUUUCGCUGAAAAGCCGCCUGGGCGACAGCUGUUCCUUUUCUUUACUGGCCCGUUCACAUCCUCGAAAAAAGUCACCCACACACACUUGGUCUUUGUUGACUCUUACUGUUGCCAUGACACCAAUCAGCGAUGGACUGCUGACUCUCCUCCUCCUGCUGUGUUCAAAUAUGUGUAUGUCUUCCCUGGUUUGUGUCGCUAUGGUGACAGGUUCCCUCUUGUGUUCGGAUCUUGACUGCUGUGUAAUGCAACAUUACAGCAAGAAUGACCCCAUUUAGUGGGAUUAAUAUUACAUUUGCUCUUUUGGCUUUUAAAUGUAGAUGAUACACUGGAAUUCAGUAUGAUCUCCGUAUACUGACUUACAGUUUAUUAUAUUAUCUUAAGCCUUAAAGAAAUAUUUCUUCCAUUUAUACAGAAAGACGAGGUAAUUGGAUAUUUUACGUAUGUUAAAGAGCGAUAGCCUGUUAUUUUCCGAUACUAUAUCUCUUACCGUAAAAAAUGUAUGAAUAUUAUUCUCAGAACUAUAACAUGGUGUGAAAGUCGUUUGGAGUGGUGAUGAUGUCACUGAUGACUGAAGUCAGGAGACUUGUCUUAAUCCACACUGGCCCGACAGCUGGGUCUAUUUUUACACUGGUGCUUCCCAAAGGGUACAAGCUAAAGCCCUGUUUCUUGCACACACAUACACACACACUGAGGUUACAUCUUUUAGUUUUAAGAUAUAUUCCAGAGGAAUCAUUCCUUAAUUCAUUUGUGAUUCAGUUUUGAUCCUGUUUUCUCCCACAUUGUAAUUGCCACCCACUAGCAAGGUUGAUGACAAGGACAUGACAACUAUUAACCAGGGAGCGUGAAGGCUAGCACAUGUUUCCUCUGAAGGCAUCUUUUCAUACUGCUGCUUAUGUGAUGUCACGGCGCAGACGAUCGUGCCUGUAGAUCUCCGUCUUUCAUAUUAAAGAGCUCAGAAAUGCCUGCCAUACAUUAGAAUCACUAUAAUCAAUGGAUGAUAAAGUAGGGCCAUUUUUUUCCACACUGAAAGCAGGGCCAUUUUUGCUUACAUUCCUCACCAGCCAUAAUACAUUUUCCUAUAUUAGUUUACUACAAUAUAUAAUAUGCACUACAGUGAUUAGCUAAUUAUUGGUUAUAGGUUUAAAGACUAUUUUUGUCAUAGUUGUGGCCAAAAAUGCUUGAAUUUACUGCAGCUUUUUUCACUUUUAUGCAACUUGCUAACUCCUACCAGUGAAGACACACUUUCUGUGAUGAGCUGUACUCAUGUUCGAUGCAUGUGAAUCAAAGACAGCUUGGGCAGAAUACUUUGGGUCACACAUCAUGUCACAUCAUGACUUGGCCCAAAUCUGCAGAAAACCUGUGGUAAUUUUGGAUCCUGUUAGUUGCUCAUUUAUGUUUUUGUUACUACCUUGUUCAUUUAUCUCAAGUUUUUGCCCAAGUUCUAAAAAAUGGUAAAGUGUUUAUACCAAAUACAAUACAGAAUAUCAUGUGAUAUUU